UUCACGUUUUUUAGUCAUUACCAGGAGGAAAAAGAAAGAAACAUAAAACAGUUUCGGAAUGAAAAGCAAGACUUUGACAUGGUAAUGGAGUUGGCUCUGGAAAAGCAGAAAGGCAAAGAGAAUGAUUUAAGGAGGAGUUUGGAGGCUGCUUGGGAAGAGAUAGCUAACCAUGAGAGCACCAGUGUGGAUACAGUUCGAAGGAGGAGUAUGCACGUUUCUCAACUGGAGAAGGAACUAAAUGAGCUUCGUGAGAAUCAAGCAGAAAUCCAAGAGCUAAAAUCAAGUAAUGCUGAACUCAAACAACAACUGGAGACAUCACAGCAAGAACAACAAGCCACUCAGCAAUUGGUUGAUGAACAAAACUUGAAGCUCCAAGAGAUGAUGAUCUUGAUGGAUAAGCUAAGGGAACUAGAUGAACAAAUCUCUCGCAUUGAAACCUUGGAGAGUGAACUCCUGAGAGUGCAGUCAGAGCUAGAGAGUAAGGAACAGAAGAACCUUCAUCUACAGGAGACUGCCAAUGCACUACAGAUGCAGCUAGAAGAGCGAGAAUCCCAGGGAACUGCCACAAGGAUUCGUGAACUGGAAGAGGAGAUUGAGAAUUUGCGUGACAGUGCAGCUGGAAGCAAUACAACUUAUAAGCCUCUUCAGCUCCUUAAUGCAACACAAGGAGAUUGUACUACAGUGUCAUCUGAAAUCUCUCGAAAGUUAUCUGAGACUCUACAGGUGUUAGAAGAAUCCAUUAUGCUACCCUCAACUCCUAACCGAGGUUCUGUUAGCUCCAUGGAUGAACCUUUCUUCCAAAUGCAAGACUUCAUUAUCAUCAAACAGCAGUUGUUAGCUCUGCAGGAGUCCCUUCUUGCACAAGAGCAGCAACAACAAUUGCAACAGCAGAAAUUUGAAGAUCAUAUAAAAGAGGAUGCUUUACAUAAACAACAGUAUCAUUCUCAGAUUAUUGCUGAAAUAGAGUCACAGAUCAAUUCAUGGAAAAUGGCAGAGGCACUUUGUGCAGACUACAUUGCCUAUUCUGAUGCUCCUUUCACCCAUACCAACACAGAACACAGAAUAGACUGGUUCAACAACUGCCUCCUACCAACUGACGCCCCUGGUUAUCAUCGAUCUUUACAUAUCUUAAUACUGUAUAUCACUAGAUUUGUAUUGAAUCACAUUAUUGUCACCAGUACCACGUUUACCGGAGACAUUUCUACAAACCGGCCAUCCCCCGUCAAGAUUUUCCCAACCACUUUUUUAGUCCGUGGUUCCUAUCUCUGCUUCAUUUACUUCUGUGGCCUCCUGUACUUCGCCGUCGCUGAAAAUGGUGAACCCUUUGCCCUUGCCUUAGUCGCCGGGGAUGCUAAACCCGUCUUGGCAAAGUUCACUGUCAGGGUCAAAAUAUCUCUUAGCUAUAUCUGUGCCCAUUACUUCCACACCAAACCACCAACUACAUAUAAGGAUCCAAUCCCCUUGUUAGGAAACGGGAAGAAACUAACGACAGGAAGUACCACCGUCAGGAAGAGCCACCGCAAAAGAGGUCUAAUAUUUGGCCAGCAGGCGCCAUUUAUGCAAGGUGGCAAAUCUUCGCUUAAAGGUUUCGUGGAGGUAAAAAUAUUUAAGUUGACUCCCGGGAAGCGCAAGCAAACUUGGAGGUGGUAUUUCACAAAGCCCAAAAGCCCGGUAAUGUUUCCGGGGAAAAAUACUUCCAAGUUACCAAAGUCAACCAAAGUUCCGAUCGUAUUUCCGAGCCUGGAGAGUCGAGACAAUUAUGAACAGCAGUAUGGAAAUUGA